AUGCACAAGGUGGGGGAGUACCGCGGCCACGGCGCCCCCGUGCGCCAGAUGCUGGUGCUGGGGGACGUGCUGCUAAGCCUGGGGGCAGACCGCCGCCUGCUGGUGUGGCGCAUCGGGAAGCACGACUCGCCAGAGGUGACCAUCGACUUUGAGGAUGGCUUUGUGCCUGUCUGCCUGGCGCACCCUGACACGUACCUCAACAAGGUGGUGGUGGGGGGCGAGGACGGCCGCCUGCAGCUGUGGAACUUUGUCACGGCCACUAGGCUGCACACCUUCCCCGGCUGGGGCUCCCCAGUGCGCUGCCUGCAGCCGUCGCCUGCGCUUGAUGUGGUGGGCGUCGGCCUGGCCGACGGCCGCGCUGUGCUGCACAACCUGCGUUUUGACGAGACAGUCGUGGCCUUUGAUAAUGCUGCUGGCGCGGGAACGGCCGACGAGCGCUUUGGUCCAAGGAGCAGCGCCAGCGCAGCGGCAGCUGUGGGCCAAGCGGGGCGGGCUGUGACGUGCCUCUCGUUCCGCACCGGCCCCGGGGUGCCCCUAAUGGCGGCAGGCGGCGGCGCCGGCGUGCUGAGCGUGUGGAACCUGGAGGAACGGCGCCUGCACGGCUUGCUGCGCGACGCCCACGAUGCGCCGCUGCUGUCGCUGCACUUCUUCCCUGGGGAGCCCCUGCUCAUGAGCAGCGCCGCCGACAACAGCAUCAAGCAGUGGGCCUUUGACGGCGCAGAUGCUGCCGCACGCCUGCUGCGCUUCCGCAGCGGCCACGCGGCGCCGCCGAGCGUGGUGGUGCACUACGCGGAAGGCCUGCGGCUGCUGAGCGCCGGUGCUGACCGCGCGCUGCGCGUGUUCAGCUCCAUCCAGGACCAGCAGAGCCGCGAGCUCAGCCAGGGCCACGCCGCGCGGCGCGCCAAGCGGCUGAGGCUGCGCGAGGAGGAGGUCCGCCUGGGCCGCAUCGCAGCCCUGGCGGCGCAGGAGGCGCGAGAGAGGGACUGGGCCAACGUCGUCACCGCGCACGAGGGCGACGCCACGGCGUACACCUGGCGCCUCGCACACUUCACACUCGGGGAGGCGCGCCUCGUGCCGCCGCCCGCAGAGCUCGGCGGCCGCCCCGCGGCGCCCGUCACCGCCGUCGCCGCCAGCCCCUGCGGCAACUUUGGCGUCGUGGGGAGCGCCGCCGGCCGCGUGGACCGAUACAACAUGCAGAGCGGGCUGCACCGCGGCGCAUUCUCCAGGCGCGCGCCUCGCGCCACGGGCGGCGCUGGUGCUGCGCCGGCGGCGCUGCUUCCCGCGCACGACGGCGCAGUGGCGGGCGUGGCGGUGGACGGCUGCAACCGGCUGCUGGUGACGCUGGGCGCGUCCGAUGGCGCGCUGCGUGUGUGGGACUUCAAGCGCCAGGCGCUGGUGGGGGAGGUGGCGCUGGGCUGCGGGGCCAGCCACCUGGCGCUGCACCCCGGCAGCGGGCUGGCGGCGGUGGCGUGUGCGGACCGCGUGAUCCGGCUGUUUGACGUGGAGGCCGCCAGGCUGGUGCGGCGGUUUGCCGGGCACAGGGACCGCAUCACCAGCCUUGUGGUGAGCAGCGACUGCCGGUGGCUGCUCAGCUCGUCACUGGACGGCACCGUGCGCGUAUGGGACAUCCCGGCGGGCACCUGCCUGCAGGCCAUGGCCAUGGGCUCGCCCGUCACCUGCCUCAGCCUCAGCCCCGGCCGCGACCUGCUGGCCACCACGCACGCCCACAAGCGCGGGGUCUUCCUGUGGAGCAACCAGCUCAUGUUUGGCGACGCCGCGGGGGUCGCGGUCAACAGCAACAGGCCGGUGCCAGUGGCGCUGCCCUCCAUCGCCAGCGGGUCGGGGGCGGACGCGCCGCGGCUUGGGAAGGCCAACCGCGGCGGUGCCGUUGGCAUGGCCAUUGACGGGCUGGACGACGCGAGCAGUGACGAGUUUUUGGGCGGCGGCGAUGGCAGUGAUGACGACGAAAGCAGCAGCAGCGGUGGCGGCAGUGAGGACGAGGACAGCACGCAGCAACAGCAGCAGCGGAAGCUGGAGCGGCGCCAGAGAAAGCAGGAGCAAGCGGCUGCUGCGGCGGCAGCCGCGGCAAGCGCGGGCCCGGGGGCCCCGGCAUACGAGCGGACCGGCGCCGCGGGCGGCGGCGCCCCGACGCCGCUGAGUCCCGAGCUGGUGACGCUGUCGCUGCUGCCGCGCGCGCAGUGGGAGACGCUGCUGCACCUGGACGCCAUCAAGGCGCGCUCGCGCCCCACACAGCCGCCCAAGAAGCCCGAGGCUGCCCCCUUCUUCUUGCCCACGGUGCCAGGCCUCGAGGGCAACCCGGUGUUUGACGCAGCGGCAGCGGCAGCGGCAGCGGCGGCAGCAACAGGUGGCAGCGGCGCCCAGGAGGCUGCUGCCCCCACGGCCGGAGGCGUCCUGGCGGGGUGGGGGGAUGGCGAUGACAGCGGCAGCGGCGGCGAGGAAGGGGGUGAGGACGGCGGCGAGGGCGAAGCCGCAACUGCAGCAGUGCGGGCAGCACCGGGCUCGCGCGUGCUGCGCACCAAGCCGUCCGCCCAAGCGCAGCCGGUGGGCACGUUCCUGCGCCUGCUGCGCGCGGGCGGUGACGCAGGGGAUUUUUCCUCGUUCAUGGGCCAUGUGCGCGGGCUGUCCCCCGCUGCGCUGGACCGUGAGCUGCGCGGCAUGGUGGUGCUGGAGGGCGCGGGCCAGCGCGAGGUGGCGGACGUGGGCCUCCUGCUGGGCUGCCUGGAGGCUGAGGUGGCGGCGGCGCGCAACUACGAGUUCUGCCAGGCCCUGCUGCGGCACGUGCUUGCGUAA